GUUGGAAAAACAAGAUCUUGAAAAACUGAAAGCAGUGCUGAAGCAAGAGAGAGAGGAUCUGGAUAGAGUGAAUGACUUAGAGCUGAUGAGAUCUGAAAUUCAGAAACAAAGUAAAUUAUUAGAAAAGGAGAAAAAGGACAUAAAAGAGGGAAGACACAAGUUGGACAUCAUAAAGACUGAGCAACAAAGUCAGAGAGAAGAUACUGAUUCCCAUAUUGAUGAGAUGAACCAUGACAAACAAGAACUGUAUCAAAUGAAGACAAAUAUUGAAAAGAAGAGGAUGGAAGAAGAGCUGUCCAAGCUCAAAAUUGGGGAGAACCAACUCACUAGUUUAAUGAUCUCCAUAGAAAGUCUGAGGGCUAAAUUCAAACAGCUGAAUCAAAGGAUAAAUGAAGACUUUAGAAAGCAUAUGGACAGAUUAGAGCAGAAACAUGGACACAUACUCCAGCUGAAGUCAAUAUUGGAACUUAAGUUUGAUGAACUUGAUAAACAGAAAAAUAAGAUUAUUGGUUAUUGUGACCUGAUCCAAAGAGAGAAGAAAUAUGUGGUGACAAUGAAGGUUGACAUGGCGGUACAAACUAAAGUUGUAGCUAAUAUACUGCAGGAGGAAGAUACUGAGAAGCAGGAUUUGAAUAAACCUAAAGACUUUGAGUGUGGGAAGGAUGGUCUUCAGGCAGGCUUUGUUUUCCAGACUGAAGAAUUAGUAGAAGAAGAUUAUUUUACAGAUGAGGGAAUGUCAAAAAGAGAUUAUUUGCGAAACAUCUGGAAGGACACUAAAACAGAACGGAAGGAGAUUGAUCAGUUGAAGCGCCGGGGUCAUGAGAUGAGAAAUAACCUGGAGAAAAGACUAACAGUAAUUAAUGAGUUUUUUCAGAGAACAUUGUUCCAGAAAGAAAAGGAACCAUUGGAGAAGAGGAGCCUAAAACAAGGCUUAAGUAAUGACACAACAUCUCAAAGUGACUGUAACAGCAAAGCACGAGAUAAAAAAUACAUAGAACUCCAACAACUUAAGAUUCAGAUGCUUAGUGAGAUUGAGAAACUCCAUGUCAAAGAAAAAGUGUCGAUGACUCUAACAACUAGCAACAAAGCCAAUCAAACAUCCCAGGUGGAUAUAACGACAGAAGAUACAAUAGUGCAGGUUAGUGAAGAAGCUUCUACCAAAAUGUAUCAAGAAACUGAAGCAGCCCCAGAAACAACCAGCGGACUUCUCUGUCAGCUCCGGCAUUACUGCUAUCGUUGCUGCUGCCCCUGCUGUGCUUGUUGCAAGCAAGUGUGCCCAGAGGAGAAAUGACAUGACAUGUCUAUUUUAGGUCUAUUUCUUUAACCAUAUCCUUUAACCACAUGGAAUAGAUGGAUAACCUGAACCUGAACGUUUUGAAACAGGUUAUUUGUUUUAGUCAGAUAUAUAUCAAAGUGUUGGGAAAAAUUUAAAACUGCCAGCCUGAUGUUAGGUUUUCUACUUUAUAAGGAUUGUUUAAAUGGAAUUCAACUAUUUUUGUGACAUUCUUUUUUAAAGCAUCAUGAGUAAUAACAAAAAGUAAUAUAAUAACUUGAAACAAAAUGUGUGAGGCUUUUGUUUCAGAAAAUGCUUUACCUAUACUGGCUAAUACACCAUAUUAUAUUUUUGCAUAAUAAGACUGAAUAUUGAAUUAAUGACUGAAUGAAUUUUAAAACUUAGUGUUUAAUUUUCUGUGUGCAAUUCCUUAUUUAAACCUUAGUCCUUGCAUAUUACAAAUUAAACAUAUUAUAUUAAUCUUAAGAAUCCACUGUUCACUUAAUUACAGAUUUUAAGAGCUGACCGUGUCAAUUUGAUUUCAUUUUUCUUGUUGUUGCUGGUUAGUUUUUCUCGCUCUUUAGAAAUGUUUUUAAAAAAACAGCCCAAUAUACUUUUAUGCUUAAAUGUAAAUUCACAAACACAUUUGUUAAUCAUUUAUGUCUUUGAACAAACCUUUUAUUGUCAAAUAAAAUUAUCAGCAUAUUUAUACUUGUAUGGCAAGUGACUUUUUUUAAACAUUAAUAUAACA